AAAAUAUUAAAUUAAUAACGGGCGGAUACAAACCAUCAACUUCUUUUUAAGUUUCAACCAUUCGGAUAAGAUUUCGCUCAUUUUCCCAAUUCAACAACGCACUCUUCUUCUUCUUCUUCUCUCAAACUCAAAAUCAAAUGGCUGUUUUUGCCAGUUUACACUUCACUCCACCGCUCACUUUCCAUACAAACCAGCUUCAUAAAUCUUUCAAUCUAAACCACCACCCUCUUCGUUUCAAUCUGGGUUCGAAAACAUCAAGAGCAAGAAUACUUGCUAUGGGUCCGGAUUUAUUGGGAGAUUUUGGUGCCAGAGACCCUUUUCCGGCAGAGAUAGAGAGCAAUUUCGGUGAUAAAGUUAUUGGUGCACAUGACACUGAGCACAAGAUUCUAAUCCCCAAUAUUGCUGCUUUGGCCCUUUCUAAACUUGAAUGCACUCCAGUUUCUGAUUUGCAGGCUCCUAUGUCUCAGGAUGAUGCCAAGACUCUACUCAGAAAGGUUAUUGGUUGGAAACUAGUAAACGAAGACGGAAUAUUGAAGCUACAGUGCUUGUGGAAGCUUAAAGAUUCUGAAUGCGUCGAAGAACUCAUAAACCGAAUUAAUAAGGCCGUUGAAUCCACUGGUCUUUCUCCUAACAUUCACCGCAUACAGUCAAAUCAGGUCAAAGCCGAGCUCUGGACUUCUUCAAUCGGAGGUUUGAGCAUGAAUGAUUUCAUUGUUGCUUCAAAAAUUGAUGAGAUAAAAUAUACAGAUCUUGUUCCCAGGAAAAGAGCUUGGGCAUAAUCUGCAGCAAGAAAAUAUAAUUUUUCCAUUUUUUUUCCUUUAUUUUUUUUAAUUUUAUUUUUUUUUUGUUUUGUUUACUAUUUUGAACUUUUAGCAUCACACAUUAUGUGGCUUUGAUUGUCCCAUUGGAAGAACAUAAUCAAAAUUUAUGUGUCAUUUGAAUACAAAAAAAA